AUGUCUUUACAGAGAGAAGAAGCCAAUUACUUUGGCGCAGGCCCAGCAUUUUUGCCCACAGAUGUCUUAAGACAAGCCGCAUACGAUCUUUUCAACUUCGAGAAUGCCAACUUGGGUAUUGGUGAGAUCUCCCACAGAUCCAAGACCGCCAUGAAGGUAAUCGACGACACAAAGGCCAACUUCAAGGAGUUGCUCAACAUUCCAGACACCCACGAGGUCUUUUUCAUGCAAGGUGGAGGCACUGGUGCCUUCUCCUCUGUUGCCUACAACCUCAUGGCCAACUACGCCAAGAGAACAGGAAAGAAGGGUAAGGCUGCCUACGCUGUCACUGGUGGUUGGUCCAAGAAGGCUGCCGAGGAGGCCCAGAGAUUGGGUUUCGAUGUAGACAUUGUUGCCAACGGCAAGGCCAACAACUUCACCAGUAUUCCACCCUACAGUGAGUGGAAGGCCAUUGACGCCGACAACACGGCCUAUUUGUAUGUUUGCGACAAUGAAACCGUCCACGGUAACGAGUUCAACAGCAUUCCUGGCCCUGAGUAUUUGCCCGAGGGUGUGGAGCUUGUUGCUGACACCUCUUCCAACAUCUUGUCUAAGAAGGUUGAUGUCUCUAAGUACGGGUUGAUCGUUGCCGGUGCUCAGAAGAACGUUGGUUUGGCUGGCUUGACCAUCUACAUCAUCAAGAAGAGUUUACUUGAGCAGGCCUCUGACGACGAAUUGAGGGCCCUUAACAUUCCUUUGAGUCCUAUUGCUCUCAGUUUCCCAGUGGUGGUGGCCAACAACUCAGCCUACAACACCAUCCCUAUCUUCACAUGCCACAUCUUGAGAUUGGUUACGCAGAAGUUGAUCGAAGACGGCGGAAUUGAGAAGAAGCAGGAGCAAAACGAGUACAAGGCCAAGAUCUUGUAUGAGGCUUUGGAGAAGUACCCCUCGUUGUAUAAGUUGCCAGUUGAAAAGAACUCUCGUUCCCACAUGAAUGUUGUUUUCACGUUGCCCAGCGAGGACUUGGAGUCUGCAUUCUUGGCCGGUGCUGCCGAGAGAGACUUAACCGGUUUGAAGGGCCACAGAUCUGUUGGAGGAAUGAGAGCUUCCAUCUACAAUGCUGUCGCCAUCGAGAGCGUCGAGAAAUUGGUCGCUUUUGUGAUCGAGUUUGCUGAAAAAAACCAGUAA